AUCGGAGCGCUCGUAGUACGCACACGACGUCACUCGCGACGCGAUGACGUUCGGACGUUUCGCACGAGCCGGCGAGGUAACGUGCGUGAGAGAGCGGGUGUUUCAGUGAGCGGAGCGACGCUUCAAAACGGGCUGCGACAGAAAAUCGCGUUCAGUAGCGGGACGCGCUCCGUGUCGGGUGGGUGGGUGGAAUUCCCUUUCUCGUCGUUCAUUCGCGCUCGAGUGCACGCGGGACACGUUGGGGACAAUCAUCGAGUGAAUGAACGGACACGCGUACCGCGACGAUACGCGAUGUACUCGUCCCUUCGCACCGCCGGGAAGAGCGACGACGAAUGAUUGAUCUGCGUGCACGGUAGCAACAACCGCGGUUUUCAACAUGUCCAUGAAGAAGGAGUCGCCUUGGGACGUGGAGCUGCACCUGGCGGCAGCACGUGGGGAUGCCAAACGUCUCCGCGUUUUGCUGGAUUCCGGACGCGUCCAUGUCGACUGCAAGGAUAAGGAUGGCACGACACCCUUGAUACUGGCUGCAGCCGCUGGCCACAUUGACGCCGUGACCGAGUUACUACAUCAAGGAGCAGACCCUAACGCCAAAAGGCUGACGGGGACGACGGCUUUGUUCUUCGCCGCUCAGGGUGGCUACAUGGACAUCGCGAGUCUGCUUUUGGAGCACGGCGCGAUCGUCGACUCGUGCAGCAUAGACGGCGGCACGCCGCUCUUCGUCGCAUGCCAGUACGGUCAUUUAGACGUCGUGGAGGGUUUAAUAGAGAGAGGCGCCAGUCCGAACGCACACAUGAAAGAUGGCGCUACGGCGUUGUUUAUCGCCGCCCAGAACGGCCACCUCCGUAUCUUGGAAGUCCUGCUGGAACACGGGGCGAAGACCGACGCGGCGAGGACGGACGGCGCCACGCCUUUGUGGAUUGCCGCGCAAAUGGGGCAUGAUCACGUUGUGAGGAGGCUGCUGAAAGCUGGCGCGAAGGUCGACGCCACUAGACACGACGGUGCGACCCCGCUUUUCAAAGCCGCUCACAAGGGUCAUACCGCUGUCAUCGGCGAGCUACUCAAGUAUCGUCCUUCACUCGGCGUGCUGCCAAAUGGCGAAAGUGCAUUGCACGCCGCAGCCUUGACGGGACACAUGACAGUCGCAAGACAGCUCGUGGGAGCAGGAGCUGAUCCUUUGCUCGUAAAUCAGGAGGGCAUUACGCCGUUACAGUUGGCUGUCAGGCAUUCGCAGACACAGGUCGCCAAUUAUCUUAAGGACAAAAGCCGAAGUAACAGCAGCACCUUUGGCAGGGGAUUUUUACAAGACGUGCACAUACAAAUAGCCCAGAACAAGAAGCUCAAGGAACUGUUGGACGAAGCGGAGGAGAUCCGUGGGCUGAUCCAGCUUAUAGGGGAGAAUUCCUCGAUCGUGAAGGACUUGCAAAACAAUAUUCUGUCGCACACGAACAAAGAUAUACAGAAGGAAUUGGAAGCUCGCACCUGCACGAUCUCGCAGACAGCCUUCCGCGUUCAGCGAAAGUUACGAGAUUUAGGAAAAGAUAUCACUGCCAUUGACGAUUUGACUGUAGCUAGUGCAAAAGAUGGACCGGCGUACACGAGAAUCAAGAUUUUGCAAUAUACAACAAUGCUGCAGCUGUACUCGGAGAUUAUGGAGAAUUACAAUACAUCAUUACUUAGAUAUCACGAUAAAUGCCUCUUGCUUUUGCAGCAGCAACGUUUACUAUUAAGGCGACAAGUAACAAGUGAAGAACUAGACCAUAUGCUUGAUGCUCAAGAAACUAGCUUGUUCGUCGACAAUAUUCUGGAAGAUAGCAAAGUUGCAAGACGACAGUUGUCCGACAUAGAAAGUAGACACAACGAUGUUUUAAAGUUGGAAAAAUCAAUCGCAGAAGUUAAAGACUUGUUUGCGGAAAUGGCAAUUUUAAUCGAGAAACAAGGAGAACAAAUUAAUAAUGUGGAGUAUUUUUCCAACAAAACAACAAAUAACAUUGGCGGCGGUCGCAUUCAACUCAAAAAAGCAGAAGAGAAGAGCAGUACAUAUAAGAAGAGGAAAAUCAAGAUCGCGAUCAUCAUAAGCGUAAUAAUAAUAAUAAUUCUCUUUUUAUUUCUUACUAUUCCAUCGUAAAAAUUAGAUGACAUCUUAUAACAUUAUUUUAUACGAGGUACAUUUUACAUGGACAAUCCCCAAGGUUUAUAUGAUAUGAAUAUAAAAAAAUAAAAUAUAAAAAAUAAAAGACACUUACGUUCAUGUUUUAUUAGCA